AUAUGUUAUUGUUAGCUAUCUUGCUCGGCAACAAUGACAAGUGCAAAUUCCUUGCAACACCAGACAGAUUGAAGAUCAGUUGCAUUACUGUAUAUCUGAUUGGAAAUGAUGGGGCUCAUUUUUACAAUGGAAAUGGAAUACUGUUGACAAAAAGAAGAAAAUAUUCUCGAUUUAGUGACGAGGAACUUCUUGACGAGAUUUGGCCUGCAAACCUUCCGCUUGAUGUCCUUCUGCGACAACCAACAGAUAAAGAGAUAGCAAGAUUAUCGGGGAAAAUAGGACAAGAGUAUCGUGUACUCGCCUAUGAGUUGGGACUAACACGUGUCCAGUUGGAUCACUUGACAUUAGACUGCCCAACUACUUUACUACGAAUAGAGAGAAUGUUUUUUAUAUGGAGAGAUGAAAUUGAAGACAAUGCAACCUUUGAAACACUUGUAAAGGCGAUGGAUAUGCAUGGUAUCAAUCCUGACAUCGUUUACCAAAGUUUGGAGAGGGCUUGAUUUCAGUUUCAUUCCUAACACUUUCUGACCAGGCUUGGUC